CUAAUGACGAAGGAUCCCGAGCGACGACUGGGUUCGGGGGAGUCGGGGGAGCAGGACAUCGAGAGCCACGCCUUCUUCAGACGCAUCUGCUGGGACAGACUGGCUCGCAGAGAGAUACAGCCGCCAUACAUACCCAACAGGAAUUCGGACGCGGACACUUCCCAUUUCGACCGUUCGUUCACCCGGCAGCAAGUGGAGUGGACUCCAUCGGACAAACUGUUCCUCAUCAACCUCUCGGGAGACGAGUUCGACGGAUUCUCCUUCGUCAACACAAAAAUGCCUCUGGUCGAAACUGACAAAGUCAACGAUAGCAACAACAAAAAUGAAAUCAGCAAUUUUGACUUCAGUGAAAUCAGUAAAAACGGUUCUAAAAGCAGCAACCUUAGCACAACUCUAUGAAAUCUGAAUCUAUUAUUGCGGGAUCGAGUGAUUUUAAGAGUUGCUCAACUGGUAUCAAAUUUGUAUCUUUCGGAGACUAUACUCUUCAGGAAAUUUAUGCUCAUUUGACUCGUUUCGACUGUGCAACUGCCUGUUUUGUUCCCUCUUCCUACAAAAUUAUUAACAAAUUGUAGAGAUUUCGAAAUUUGAUAAUUUUAAUAAGCUCAAAUAAUUUGACUAGUUAUU